GACACAUACUCAACUCGAUUGUAGAGAAGCGUCUUAAUGCGCUCAUCUCGAUUAUUGGAUGCGUUCUCUUUGUGAUUUCUGGUGCUCUUAUCAUCGAUGAAUGGCAUGAUAACUCGAACUUCCUGGUCAAGGAACGCAAGCGAAAUGCACUCGCAGCUGGUUCGUUGAUGAUCAUUAAUGGUGCAGUCUUCUUGUUGGAUACACUCUCUAUUUGCCGAACGUAAAUGUCACACAACAAUUUGUCUGAUAAAAUAUGUAAUACUUUUGCAUAAACAUACAUAUGUACAUGCAUACCUACAUAUAUGUUAAUGUUGCCGUACAGAGUAACACAAAUACACAUUUUACAUAGUUUAUAAAUGUACAUGUCUACAUAACCACAUAAAUUCUUAUACACACUUUCACACUCAAUUGUUAUUAUAUAUACUCGCAUACUACAUAUUUAUUGCGCAAAAAAAAAUUCUUAUGAAAAAAUCUCCAUGCGAAAAAUGUACUGGUAUCGCUUUUGUGUCUGUCUUAUUAGAAUUAAAUGCUUUUAUAUAAAUACAUACCUCCAUACAAUACA